CACAUGGGAAGCGGAGUAUGAGGCUAUCCGCUAAAACAGACGCUUUUUAAAUGAACAUUUCUGUGUGUAUCUAGCUUUAUAAAGCUUUCUCUUGAAGAGUUAACCUGUGCGACUUCAACACACCAUGGAAUCGGAAGGGAUGUCGCACCGUGCAGUCAGUUCAUCAGUAGAUGUGUCUCAGAGUGUUGAGGAGGACCCUUUAGUGGACGGACCGCUGAUCUCCCAUGAUGCCCUGCAGUCUGCUAUCAGGAGAGAAUUCACGACUCUCCCCACACACUGUCCUGCUGUCCUGCUGUUGCUGCUGCAGGUGGUGUAUGUGUCUCUGAGUGUGUGUGUUGCCAUAGUGUGUGUGUUGGAGGUUGGCGGGGGGAGGAGUGUGUCCGUGUGUUGGCAUCACCACAGCCGAGUGAGGAGCAGAGGAUACCUGUGUUUCUACAGAGACAACCGCACCCUGAAACACCUGCCCUUCCUCAUCCACUCUGCAGGGAACACGGCGGUGUUGGUGGUCAUGUCAGCUGGUCUGCCAGAGGUGGAUCAUCUUCCUGUUUAUCUGCUGCUAGGGAUUCUGGGACUGGAGCUCCUGGUCUCUCUGCCUUGUCUGAUCAUCUACACAGUCAGGGUGGUGAGGUUCAACAGAGACAGAGCUGGUCCAGAUAUCAGUCAGGAGGAACCAUCUACCUCCUACAACACUACUGAGACUGGCUUCAGAGAGGGCUCCAGUCUGGAGGAGGUAGUGGAGAAACAAGCUGAUCUCAUCGACUACCUGAAGCAACACAACACCUUACUGAGCAAGAGACUGCUCAACAUGACUGUUCAGCACUGACCACAAUACAACCACAACCAUAAGAGACAGAGAGAGGAGGAUGGAAGAAGAGAAGAGUGUCACAGAUUAGAGGCCUCGAGUUUUAUUUCUCUGUGACCACCCCAAGUGACCUCUGGAUAGUGUGUGUGCGUAGAGAUUGUGUGUCUGUGUAGAGAUUGUGUGUGAAAAGGGUAGUCAUUAGAGAUAUGUGAGAAAGAGGGAGAAGAAGGGAGGAGAGAUGAUGGAGGGAGAGAGAGAAAAAGAGGGAGGGAGGGAGAGAGAGAGAGAGGAAGAGAGAAGGGAGAAAGAG